GAGUUGUCAGUCAGUCACUGCCCUCCCUCUGGUGUGUGACCCCGACCGAGUCACCACACGUACAGGAACGCAAUGGCCGUGUCCGCGGCGAUACCACUGCUGCUGAUGCUGCUGUCUGCAUUCAGCUGCAUACGCGCGCAAGCCCAAGGGCCGACCUGCGGGGCCCCGCCACAGAUCUCGCACGGCCACGUGGUGAAACCCAAGGGGUCGUACGCCGCGCAGGAGGAGGCGCAGUACGAGUGUGACGACGGAUACACGCUCCACGGACCGCGGGCCUUCUGCAGCGGCCAGGGGUGGUCGCACACGCCCAGCUGUGACAUGCCGUGCAAGGUGACCUCAAACGAUCUGGAGGCCCACUCGCUGGAGAUGGCCGCCGAAUCGCAGCAGUUCCGCCGGGGUUCGUCCAUCUCGCGCCUCUUCAAGGCCACCACGUACAAGAUCCCGCCGGGGGAGAUGGCCAACUUCGCGUGCCGCAAGAAGAGCGUCGCCGUGGGCCCGCUGAGCGCCAUAUGCCUGCAGGGCUCCCUCGAGCUGCCGUUCUGCGAACCCGAAUCGUGUCGCAGGCUGGAGGUGGCGCACGGAAAGCUCGUGAUGUCUGAGGACACGGUGCGUCACAACCACAGCGCCGGCCUUGCCUGCGACACGGGCUACGAGGGCUACAGCAAGAUCUCGUGCAAGGCUGGGGUGUGGGAACCCACCCCCGUGUGCUGCGCCCGUCCUGCGGCAGCGGUGGCCAACGGACAGGUGAAAGUGAACAGGGAGACGCUGACGGCUGAGCUGGCCUGCUCCACUGGGUUCGAGCCGGUCAAGGGUCAGCAGGUCGCGUGCCGGUCGGGCGCCUUCGACACGAAGGCGUUCGCUUGCAAGGAGCGUAAGUGCGACCCGCGCGCCAGCGACUACCCGCACGUGAAGAGUCUGGACAAGGGCAAGGACGGCUUCACGUACACGGUGAAGUGCAAGAGCGACCACGCGGCCUUCGUUCCCACCGUGCGGUGCGAACAGGGCACGAUGGUGCCCGCUCCCUACUGCUGCUCGUCCACCCACCGCAUCCCCCACGGCUCGGUGGGUGUCGGCCAGGGCCACGGCAACGUGCACGCCAACAUCACCUGCGAGCCGGGCUACCACCCUCCGCAAGAGACGCACGUGCUCUGCGUGAACGGAGAGUGGCCCGCGGGCAGAAUCAAGUGCGACAAGGUCACAGGUGCGGUGGGGUCAAGGGCCUCAGGGUCAGGAUCGAACCCACGACCUCCUGCACACCAGGCGAGGUGGCUAACAUCUCGCGGCUCCCCCAACUCUGCCCAGGUGGACGAAGGGGACGUGUACGACGAGGAGGAAUUCGAGGGGAUGGACGGUCCAGCCACCCCCAAGCGGCAGGGGGAGCAGCCCCUGCACAUCCGCCAGGUCCCCUUGGGCAUGCACACCGGCUGGGACCGCUACCAGCUGGAGAUCCUCAUGGCGGCCGGCCUCUCGGCCUACAUCCUCAACUACCUGUUCGGGCGCAACAAGAACAACCAGCUGGCUCAGGCCUGGUUCAACGCCCACCGCAGCCUGCUGGAAACCAACUUUGCCCUCGUCGGUGACAACGGCACGGACAAAGAGCCGACGAGCACCCUGCAGCUGGCCCAGGAGAACGACCACGUGUUCAGCCUGUGGUGCUCGGGACGAGCCUGCUGCGAAGGGAUGCUCGUGCAUCUCAAGCUGCUGAAGCGGCAAGACCUCCUGAGCCUGCUCACCCGAAUGAUGAGGCCGGCAUCCGACAGCAUUCACGUGAGCGUGACGAUGAACGCGGAAGACAUGGAGAGCUUGGUGUUCAUGCUCGGCAGCAAGCGCACCGUUGCCAAGCUCCACAAGGAGCUGGAGGACCUGAGCCACUUUUGCCCGGAGAAGCCCAAGUCCGGCUCACGCUUCGGUUUGCCCGACUCGGUCGCCAUCCUCAGCGAGAGCGGCGAGGUGUCCGACGCCAUCCUGGACGACCGGAUGGUCACCUUGCUGAAGAACAACGCGGAGAAAAUCGAGUCCAUGCACUUCUCCGAUCAAUACUCGGGAACCAAAAUUGUUCAAGAAGAGGGGCAAGCGGUCAAGCCGCCGGAAACCCAGAAGACCCUUUUGUUUACAUUUAACGUGCCAGGGAACGGCAGGAGCUCCACCCAGGACAUGGAGGCGAUGCUGCCGCUCAUGAGCAUGGUCAUCUACAGCAUCGACAAGAUGAGGAAGAUCCGGCUCAGCAAGGAGGCCAAGCAGAAGGCGGACCGCAACCGCUCGCACGUGGCCGAGCUCUACCAGAGGCUGGGCCACGCGCAGAGGCAGGAGGCGGCGCAGACGCGGCGCGAGGACAAGCGCCGCGCGGAGAAGGAGCGCAUCAUGAACGAGGAGGACCCCGACAAGCAGCGCCGCCUCGAGGAGGUGCAGCAGCGCCGGGAGCAGAAGAAGAUGGAGCGGAAGCAAACCAAGAUGAAGCAGCUCAAAGUGAAGGCCAUGUGAUGGAGGUGGCAGAGAGAGGUAGGAAGAGAGAGGGAGCAGAGAGGGUGGAAGAGAGAGGGAGCAGAGAGAGGGAGCAGAGAGAGGGUGGAAGAGAGAGAGGAAGAGAGAGAGAGAACAUGGUGCUCUGCCUGCCAGCCGUGGCAUCGGCCGCAGGGAAUUUUAUUUUAAGCCAAGGAGGGUAAGGGGCCUGUACGGAGGGCGUGCAUUGCUCCCUGUCCCUACUGCUGUUGAUCGUUACAGUGGUAACAAUUUGUAUUGUGUCAAGACUCCAGCUUUCGUUGUAAUUAAAUUCGACCGAGAGUGGGAAAACUGCGUGUGGUAGUUGUGUUUUGCGACGCGGUUCGUGAAAUGUGCCGGUGACCUGUGUUGUUGUUGUUGUGGUGGUGGGUGAGGUCACUCCGGCCAGGAAGAAGUGCUGUACGUGUGCUGUGCGUGUGUGUCGUUUAGUGUUUCUUAUCUGGGCCAUUGCCUCCUUGUGUGAAUAAAAAAAAAAUACAAGAAUUAUAAUAUCAGAUGAAUUGGAUACCGAAAGAACUAUGCAAUUGUUUGGCAAACUACUGUAGAAUCAAAAAGUUGUAUACCUUUUAAAAAUAGUUCCAAGCAUUUCACACGGGGUGCGGGACACAAAUUAGUUUGAAUAAGAGAUCUUUAAUUACGUGACAAUAAAAAAAAAAUGUAAAAAAAAAAAAUUGUUGAAAUGUGAUAACGCGUAAUGAGAAUAUUGAGGGAAAUGUCUCAAAAUGAUCAUAUGCAAGCGCAGGACAUUGUUACUUUAAAUGUAUCGUUCACGCAGAUGUCGAUGGGUAAUGAAUGAGGCAAUCGGACGCGCACGGCUGAGGAUAUGGGGAGGGAGAGACGUGGAGAGAGAUACAGACACGCGGUGAUAGAGACGAACAUGGGGAGACAGAUGAGAUAGACACGGGGAGAGUGACACGGGGAGAGUGACACGGGGAGAGUGACACGGGGAGAGUGACACGGGGAGAGAUGAGACGUGAGGAGAUGGACACAGAUAUGAGGAAAUGGACGCCGAGAAAGACGUGGAGAGAGAGGGAGAGAAUACCAGGCGUUAUAUUUAGUGGUGGGCAGCGCAGGGCAGUGCUACAAACUCCCCUGUGGUGUUGUACAGCACAUCUACGCCCCCACGUCAUUCACCAACCUGCGGCGCACAGACGUGGGGCAGGCCUUCAUCCAGCAGUGGAUUGGCACCGAGGGCCGAUACGUACACCGUAAGGGCAAGGGAUUAGCCAGGUACUAGGGCUUCCACUUGAAUGCCUUGGCAUCCCAAAGCUUCAUAUUCUUAGGUUUUUUCGGUAAA